AUGCGUCGUUCGUUGUUGCUUUUGUCAAAUGAACCGUUUGCGGUAUUGGGUCUUAGUCGUAGUUGCACGAAGGCUGAGAUAAAAACACGCUACCGGGAACUAGCACGACUUCACCACCCAGAUUCGAAGACUGGUGAUAGUAAGAAGAUGGAGGAGAUCAAUAAGGCUUAUAAUUUGCUUUUGAAAGAGGGUGCAUAUGAGCGUCUUAGGUUAAAGCCUGCUGGUACAAAAAGGCGUGAUGAUGCUCGUCGACCAAAUCCAUUUUCACAGGAACAACAUGGUCAACAACAGCAGCAACAUCAUCAAUAUCAGGAUGAAGAAGGUAACAAUGAUGAUGUACUUUCAGAUUUUGAGGCUGCAAAAGUUACUGCUUUAGAUCCUUCCACUGAGCGUGUAACGCCAGAAGGGAAGUAUAUGUACCAGAACCGUGAUGACGGUAGCUGGAUGGUACUAGAUCGUCCUUUAGUGCGUGUACAUCAACCACGCUACGCUUCCUUCGCAGCUCAAGCAGAUAUGUCUGCAGAGUUACGCCGCCGUUCACUUGAAAAAGAAAAGGAAGAAAAUGCAAAGACGAUGUUCCAACGAACUGUUGAUAGGAUGAGUGACAGUGGUGAUCUACCUAUGCAUAAUCGAACAAUGUUGUAUAUGUGUUGUAUAUUAGCUAUAAUGGCGUUUUAUUUUGUCUUUCAACGUUCUUUUGCAUGGCGUAAACAUCACCGCAAUAGGACCGUUUUUUACAGUUCACUUGAGGAAAAUAGAGAAGAAUUAAUGAAGAUCUAUGAUGAUCAUCAUGAUGUUUUGCAAACAUCUGUUGCUGCAGCAGCUCUUUUAUUUCUUACUGCAUCUGAACACAAACAGGAGUUAGAUCCGGUAGUUCCACCCUUACCGGAGACGUACUUCAAGAAGGUACGUCCACCUCUUGAACACUUUCAUGUAGUCUCUGGUGGCUAG